CUAAAUGCCACUUCAGGAAAAGGAGCCCAGCUUUUUGAACAACAGAGGAAAAGAGCAGAAGAACAUAAGUCAAAUCUGGUUACGCCCACUGCUUUCUCCAUGCCACAGUAUCAGGGAGACUCAACCCUGACAUAUACCCCAGUUACUCCAGUCACACCCCUAACUUCUCAUAGUAACAGUAUGGUAAACGGGGAACCUUUGGUGGUGAGCAGGACAAGUGUUGUGUUGUCACAGACACCUAUGCCAUGCAUGGCAGGAGCAUUACCAGAGCAAGCAGACUCAUCGGCUGCCAGCUCAGUGCACAACAGAACUGCCAGGCCAUUUGCCUCUGGUUAUGUGAGCCACCGAGCAGCAACUGCUCCAGUAGUCUUCAGGCCCAGCCCUGCCAAAAAGGCUGGAUCACAGGCUCAGGCUGUGUCUGUGGCAAAUAUUCCAACUCCCUUCUCUCCUGCUGGCUCAGAAGGGAAGAAAGCCAUCUCUACAACAUCACUGUAUAUCCCUGCCAGACCAGCCACCUACAAUGGUCCUUCCUCUGUGCGUUCUCCAUCCUCAAUCACUUCAGGUCCAUUUUCUCCUCCUACUUCAAAUGCUCCACUCUACUCCCCAAACUAUUCCAGCACCUCAGCCCCUUUUUCUCCAACAUCUUCUCAUGUAACAUAUUUGAGUUGCCCUUCUGGUAUGGCUCAGCCUUACUCUCCUCCCCAAACACAGGCAAUGCCACUCAGUCCUCCGUACCAUCAUGUGGUUUGUACCCAAUAUCAGCCACCUCCACAAGUUCAUGUGCCAGCACAGCCUUUCUCUCCCCCGUUCACAAAUGCCCCAGGUCUUCCCAAUGCCCCUGCCCCUGCUCCUGUCCAUGCCUUUGCUCCUGCAACACCAAAUGUGCAAUCUUCCCCAGCACACAAAGUCUCCUUCAACCCAUACAUUUCUGUGGCAUCCACUAAUCCAGGAACACCAAAUGCACCAGUUGCCCAGCAGUAUUCUCUCUCCAACUCCACUGAUGGGAUCUCUUCUCGAGAGCAGCGGGUCUCAGUCCCUGCUGGCCGCACUGGCAUCCUGCAGGAUGCUCGUCGUCAUGGCACCAAGAAACCAAUGUUCAGUGCUAAUGAGGAGAAGAAGGCUCCAUCUUACAACCCUGAGCUAAUGUCUCUAGUGCAGAACUUGGAUGACAGGUCCUGUUUGGGUGUAGAGGCUGGGUUUGAGUCUGGCCCCGAAGAAGAUUUUCUCAACCUGGGUGCAGAAGCUUGCAACUUC